GUGCCGGUGGAAAAAGGUAAAAAGAGUAGAGAUCAGUGUGGCGAGCAACGAUCGAAGUGUCCUAAUAACCUGUUGGCGGCUGUUGCCGAGCGCAAUUUCUGUUUUCUGUGCAGUGUGCAACGGACAAGUUCACUGCAACCACUGCUUCUCAGCUCACCAUCUUGCAUUUCGACACCAUUCUCACUUGAAUCGACGAUUGAUUUAUCGCAAUGGUCGUAGUCCAUGCCGAGCCGAGCACCUCUGCGGACCCUCGCAAGAAAAGGAGCAAGAAGUCCCCGCAAAACGCCAAUGCUUCUGCACAGCAAGACUCUGAAAUGCGAGACGCAACGAUAGAUGUAACGGAAGUCGUCCCUCCAACUGACAGCCAGGAAGGGACGAGCGGGAAUGUGGAAGAUGACGACGCAAUCAUGAUUGACACUGAUCCUUCAUCCCUCCCUACUCCGUCCGCCGGCCCCGCAUUCCCUCCCCUGCCUGCAUCUGCGGAAAAAUCCACCCUGAAAUCCGAGUCCAGGCGCAUAGCCAUACCCCCGCAUCGCAUGACGCCGCUGAAGAAGGAUUGGGUCAACAUCUUCUCGCCUCUCACUGAGAUGCUUAUGCUGCAAGUCCGCAUGAACGUACAGAAGAGAUGUGUGGAGAUCCGGACUUCUAAACAUACGCAGGAUAUUGGCGCUAUCCAGAAGGGCGCUGACUUUGUCAAGGCAUAUGCAUUGGGCUUCGAUGUGAACGAUGCGAUUGCGCUGUUGCGGUUAGACGACCUCUAUCUCGACUCCUUCGAGAUCAAGGAUGUCAAGACAUUACAUGGGGACCACCUGGCUCGAGCCAUCGGUCGUAUUGCAGGCAAGGACGGCAAGACAAAAUUCACCAUCGAAAACGCCAGCCGGACUCGUAUCGUCCUCGCAGACACUAAAAUCCACAUCCUUGGUUCAUUCCAGAACAUCAAAAUCGCGCGAGAUGCCAUUGUCUCACUCAUUCUGGGCUCGCCGCCCGGCAAAGUGUAUGCUGGCUUGAGGACCGUCAGCAGUCGUAUGCGGCAGAGAGCUAUUUGAGCAUAAGCU